AUGAUACGUCCAACGCAGGCAUUCGUAUUGACGGGGAUAUUGCUGAGCGGUAGUUUCAUGACACUGCUGCUGCUGCGCACGAAUCUCGGACGCGAAGUUUUCGAGCCGAUCAAUAUCCUGCAAGGAGGAGGAAGUCCGAAAGAUGCGCAGCCCUCUCCCCGAUAUAGACCAACCCCUUCCUACACGCCGCCGCCCAUACAAGACCCGUUUCCGGCCUUGGCCACGUCGGCACCACCACCAAUACCAGCGUACAACGUCCCCGAGAAGGAGCUGUGGAAGAAGUACGGGCUGGAGAUCGCGCCGCCGCUCAUCAUCGGGUUCACGCGGGCCUGGCCCAUGCUACUGCAAACCGUCGUCUCGUACAUCACCGCCGGCUGGCCCGCCGAGCAGAUCUACGUCGUGGAGAACACGGGGAUGCAGCAGGCCAACGCGCGGGGCCAGCUGACCCUGCAGCACCCGUGGUACCUCUCGCACCGGCACCUCGCGCGGCUCGGCGUCAACGUCGUGCAGACGCCCGUCCUGCUCUCCUUCGCGCAGCUGCAGAACUUCUACCUCUCGCUCUCGCACGCGCGCCGCUGGCCGUACUACUUCUGGAGCCACAUGGACGUGCUCGCGCUCGCGCACGAGGGCGGCUUCGAGGGGCUGACCCCCCGCGCCGGCGAGCCGGGCUACAGGAGCCUGUACGCGCUGUGCCUCGAGGAGCUGCGCCGCACGCUGGCCACCGACGCCGAGCGCUGGGGGCUGCGGUUCUUCGCGUACGACCACCUCACGCUGCAGAACCCCCGCGCGCUCGAGGACGUCGGCGGCUGGGACACGCUGAUCCCCUACUACAUGACCGACUGCGACACGUACACGCGCCUGCACAUGCGCAACUGGUCGCAGGUCGAUGCGAACUGUGGGGUCAUCACGGACACGUCGGUCGCGCUGGAUGAUUUGAGGGCGCUGUACAGGGACCCGGGUGUUACGCCGGACUUUAGGGAUCCGAAUCCGCCGCCGCCGCCACCACCGCCGACAGAAGGGGAAGGGGAUGAGCACACGAAGAGAAGCACCGAGAACGCCAACCCCGCCCCCACCGAUCCCCUCGAAUACUGGAAAGUGCUCCUCAGCGUCGCGGACCGCAUGUUCCACUACAAGCACGGCAACGACCGCGGGCGCAACACCUGGCAGUCGGGGCAGCACGGCGGGCAGGGGGAGCCGUUCUACUACGACGCUGCCGGGUUUUCGGAGGCGCUAGGCGUCCUGACCGAGGCGGGCAAGGAGGUCUUUCGGCGGAAGUGGGGACAUGGGGAUUGUGAUCUUAUCAAGGGGGCGGGGCUGAAGUUUGAGGACCAGUGGCGGGUGCUUAAGGAUUGGGAGUAG